AUGGCUGAGGAAGAAGAGCCUGGCGAUGCAAGACUCGCGGCGUCUCGCAAAUGGUUGGGAGAUCGCGACGGGUUUCAAGGAGCCCAAAUCAUGUCCUGCACCACCCUAGCUACGGCGCAUGGCAUCUCAGCGAAGGAAAGAAUGAAAAUAGCUUCCAUCCUGGCGCGGAACUCCGAGUCCGUGCACUGGAAAUACGGAGAGGACGGCCUAGUCCGGUACCCCAGCCGCGACCGCGCGGGUGGUAUCCUCGACAUGUGCGAAGCACUCCUUGACGUCUUCAAGAACAAGACAGCCGACGAUCAUGAAUGGCUGGUUCAAGCACUCAAGGCCGGCUUGGAGAGUGUGUUCAUGAUAAUCGAUGGGAAGCAAGAAAAAUUGAUACUGCGGCCUCUGGUCGACACAUUCUUCCUCCAAGGGAUCGCAGCCAAUCCAUCCUUUUCGGCAAGAGGUUCUCAUAUCUCUCGUCACCUAUACGGCGACACGACGGCCCAGCACGCCCCGAUGUACCGCAUCCGCCGCCCUCUCCUGGAGCUCCGGGGUAUCGAUGCGGCAUUCCGACAGUGUGAAAGGAGUCGAACAUACCUAGCCCCGGAAAGCCUUGGAGCAAUGCUUGUGCCCUUCGGAAAUACUUUCGGUGGCAUCACAGACAUGCGAGCCAAAUUGGAUAUGCUCCAGAUCCUUGUCGGCAAAUGGGACCCCGAGGGCAGCCCUGCCGACCUCGAGAAGAUCGAACAGGCCGAUGCCAAGGCCGCUACACUAACAGGCGAAGAGAAACUUCCUAUCAACCGAAAGAGGCCGUCGUUGGCUUGCAGCCCGAGAUCCUCAAAGGGAGGAGACUCGGGAGAAGACAAGCUUCGAUUCCGGCCAGGUGCCUGGCUUGGAACGAAACAGGGGCACAAGUGGCUUGAAAGUGACGACGGGCAGAAAUGGCUGAACUGUCAACUCACAGUUACGGAAGAUGGACGAGAGGUCCCCGUGGACUUCAGCCUGAUCUGGUUGAAGGAGACCGACACGGGGCGCGCCUGGCUCAAGAGCGAUGCAGGUAAACGAUGGCAAAGAACCUAUCCCGGUAUAUGCGAGAGAGCGACACCAGCGGCUCGCCUCAACCAAGACGCCUUUUACAAUAUCCAAAAUAUGCCCCGGGGCGUAUUCUGGGAUGUACCUCCAACGACUUGGCAAUACGUCAGAUUCGAGCCCAAAAUGAAGGAUGCUUGA